AUGUCCACUCUCACCGAUUCUGAAUCGCAAUCCUCCGAAAAGAUGACCCCACCUCUCUUGACAUCCGAAGACAGAGAGGAGGAUAAUGAGGACAUCGAUGUCACCAGUGUCCCUUCGGAAACUGGCGAAGCCGUGGUGUCCUCCGAUGAGGACGAACCGGAGGACGAGUACUUCAAGCCCAUCAAAAAACUCUGCAUGGCCUCUCGAGUGCCCGUGCCAGUGCCCCCGAGCAGCAAGCCCCUCAGCUCUUUCUUCAUCAAAGACAUUUUGAGCCACAAGCCGGCACCGGCCCGCUCGUCGGGGGCCGGGAUCGUCCGGCCCUGGGACCUGGACUCGUCUGUGUCGUCGCGGGGCCGCCCGCGCUCAGCAGACGAUGAUUCCCGCUCGGAGAGGUCCGAGUCCGACUCGCCGGAAAGCCCGCAGGUGACUAACCCUAAUGCGUCGCCUCUCGACGCUCUCUUCGAGAUGACCAGCAAGGCCUUCGAAGGACUGGAAGCCAACGAAAAGGCAUCAGAUUCGUCCCGUGAUCACCUGAGUAUGUUCAACAACCGCCAACAACCAAAGAAGAAGCGGAAAUCCCGAACCGCUUUCACCAACCAUCAAAUUUUCGAGCUGGAGAAAAGGUUCCUGUAUCAAAAAUACCUCUCCCCGGCGGACCGGGACGAGAUUGCGCAAUCCCUGGGCCUCACGAACGCCCAGGUCAUCACGUGGUUCCAGAACAGGAGGGCGAAGCUCAAGCGCGACAUGGAAGAGUUGAAAAAGGACGUUGAGCAUGCCAAAGCGACCAACACGUCCAAGCACAUCAUCGAGAAUAUCCACGAUCUCAGACUCUUGAAGAAGUCCAAGGAAGGAAAGAUACUGUGUACCAUGAUACCCUGA